UCGAAUAAUCUUUGAUUGCAAUACUGCAACUGGCGAAGAAUUUAUAUAUUGAUCAAGAGAAGUACUUGUUCAUAUUUGAAAAAGAGAUUCUGUUACGUUCAACUGUUACGUUGAACACACGAUUUACUGAUCCGUUCUCGUUACUUCCAUACUACAUACUAAAUCUAAAUCGGGAUAUUCAAUGCAAUAUUAUUAAACCAAUUGGUAAUUAUAAACUGAAGUAAUGUAAAGCAAUUCAAUUUUUAGUACGCAAAUCGAUUAUACAAAGAUAAUUAAGUAAUUGUUUUAUGUAGAUCGAUUUAUCUAUGCUAGAUCAAAGCUUAUGUUAUAUCCUGGUAUAUGUGAUAGCUGCAAUAUAAUUAGCUUUGUUUUGUAUAUUUGAGUGACGUUAACGUAGAUGAAGCGUGAUUCCAAAUUUGGAGGAGCAGAGUUUUUCAAUAGUAUACUUGGAAUUUUAUUGUACUUUUGUAGUUUUUUUCCAUUAGCGCGUACUGUUAUGCUAGUGUUUAUAUAUAUCGCUCCAUCAAUAGCAAACCACUUUUCCAUGUUGUAGAUGUUUUUCACUGAUUAUAGAUUUCGAUCGAAUAUACUGAAUCGUGUUAUUGAUGGAAAGUUUUGUGUAUUAAUAAGAUUGAUAAUUUAAAAUGAUGCUGAUAAUGUUUUGCUUCAUUACUUAUUAACUCUACUGCGCGUUCAUAAUUCAAUCAAUACAUCAAUUUUCAUUCAGUCUUUAUAAUUAUUACAGUACAACAGGCUGCUGUUUAGGCCAGAUUUCAAUACAUGCUUAUUGAAUUAUCCAAUUGACUUUUUAUAUACCGUCGUAUACUUUUGUGUAUCUAUCUAAAAUUUUCAAUAAACAAAUCGGUCAUUUAAUUUGUAUAAAUCUGUCCACAGAGUAUGCAAGCUAUUUUUAUUUUGCUUUAAUAAUGCGGUCAGGUAAUUGUCGUGUGACACGGAUAACUGCUGUUAUGUAUGCCCUUAUCUGACAAACUAACUUGACUACUUUAUUCGCUGCGAUCGGUAUGAAGUAAAUGCAGUGUAACUGCAAUCGCAAAAUAUAUCGGCUCUGAGAUUGUUGUGCAUCGUACUCGAGCUGGUUUCGUUGAGCUGACUUGUAAAAUCAGUGGAAUUUUUAUUGACAAUCGCACGUUGAAGGAUGUUUUGCAAACUUGAUCUCUGUUUGAUUUUAAGUCCGAUUGUCUUCACAUGGAUAUCAUUCGAUUUCGUGUGCGGUCUACUGAUUAGGCCGAUUUCGGUGUACAUGGGUUUGAUCAAAGAUACACAUGACUACUUCAGUAACACAUGCAUCCUACUCCUGUACAAUUCUAAUGAGACGGGAAUUAUGGAAAGUGAACAUAUGCUCUUUCUUCAGAAAUAUCUGAGCAAUAAUUUUAUACGCACCGCUGUCAUGGAUAUUCGGAUGUUCAAUAAACAAGUUGGACAAAGUUUUUAUCAGAUCCAGAAACCUUUGUUCGUCCUAAUGAAUGAUGCUUUAAGAGAUGAUUUUGCGCAUGAAGUGGCAUCGUGGAUCGAGAUGGAUUAUCCCACGUGGCUGGUAUUUUUUAGUAAUGAGACCAGCAUUACGGAAUUUUUUUUUGAGAUUUAUGUGCCAUUUGAUUGUAAGUUUAUGGUGGCUCAGAGUAGUCCGAACGUAAUUGGAAGAGAGAUCAUCACUGAAGUCUAUCAAGUUGACAGAGGAAAAGAAUUGAGAUCUAACCAGUUCGGUGUAUGGGAUAUUAAGCACGGUUUGAAGGGUCCUAAACAUGGUCUAGAAACAUAUAUUAGAAGAAACAAUCUUUUUGGUCAGAAUAUACGUGUUACGUCGGCUGACGACCCUCCUCUCAGUAUGCUUCGUCGUAAUGCACAGAACGAGAUAAUAGGAAUAGAUGGCUUUUUUGGCGAAGUAAUACUCCUAUUGCAGGACGCACUAAAUUGCACAUUCACUUACACGGAAGCCGAAUCGUGGGGCAUGUGUCUACCAAACGGUUCGUGUACAGGUGCGCUUGGGAUGUUAAAGAAUAACGAUGCUGAUUUAGCAGCGAUGCAGUUCAUGAUGACCACGGAGAGAUUAGAUGUUAUUAGUCUUACACAGCCUCUCUUCGUAACCAAGUAUCGUGUAUAUAUUAAAAGAUCUACAACGACCGAUGUAAAAUGGAAUGCUUACAUGUCUCCGUUUUCCGAGAACAUCUGGAGCGCUAUCUGUUCUAUCAUCGUACUUUCAACCGGAUUUAUCGUCUUCGUUCAAAAACUAUUUGCAUUCAUGUUACCGUAUCUUCGAAAUGAUCGUUGGAAAAUUCCAGAAAUUUUGUUGUUUAUUUUAGGAGCGUUUUGUAAUCAAGGUACAAAACCAUCGACACUGAAUUCUAUAAGACUGAUACAGCUGGUAAUUCAUCUAUUGGCAGUCGUGAUCGUAGCAGCGUAUUCCGCUUUUUUAAUUAGUUAUCUUGCUGUUAAAACGUUUGUCAUGCCUUUUACGACUAUGGACGGCCUUCUGCAGGAUAAGACUUAUCGUUUUGGCGUGAUCAAAGACUCAGCUGAUUAUGAUAUGUUACAGGACUCAACGGAUAGAACAUUGAGAAUGCUGUUUGAUCAAUUGGUAUUAAAAGAAACUGAUUUGCCGAGUAAUGAUUUGGAUAGCCUAUCACGCGUUUGUAGGGAGAAGAAAUAUUCCGUUAUGACCUUAGAUAACAUGGUAAUAUUGCUGCAGCCGCAAAUCAACUGCAAGGUGGAGCCGUUGGAUGUUAUCAUGUCGUGCUGCCUAUCGAUGGGUUUGCCAUCAAAUAACCCAUAUCUUCGUAUCAUUAACAGAAAUAUUCUUUUAUUAAGAGACAGUGGAAUUCUGCAACGUUUAUUGCAGACGCAAUGGUUGCGAGAUCUGAAUAAAAUAAAUAAAGAAUCAGAAUGGAAAUCGGUCGAGAUCAACGACAUAGUGCCGCUACUGUGUUUAAUAAUCAUUACGUUGUUCAUCAGCUUAUUUAUCUUCGUUAUGGAACAAUUGAUCUUCAAGACGAUUUCUGAUCACCGAAUCAAGAAAAGAGUCAACCGUGGCAACCGGACAUAAAUAUAUUACGUCGCUACGAUAAUUUUUUAAUUCAAAAAUAACGAUCCUAUUCUUUUUUCAUAACUGAUCAGCUGGGAUGUUAUUUAUAUCCUAAUUAAAAGCUAUUGUUAGUAACUACAUAUUGUAUUAUGGAUUGUAUAAUUAAUGAAUUAUGUAUAUAGACUUAGUCAAUAUUUUCUGAAGAAAUAUUUUUUAUGUCUAUCUUCUAUUUUUUUAUUUUUACAUGCAAAGUAAAUAACGGAUUGAUUAUUUUGAAUUUCGAAUUCUUCGGGUCGUGUAUGCAAUUUCUGUUUUAAGAAUUAAAAUUAAUGUAACAGAAUGUUAAAUAAAUACAAUAUAUUUUUUUAGAUACAGUACUGUUAAAAUAAAGUUAAUAAAUAAGUGCUCAUAAAGAUA